GGCCAGGACUGGGGCCGAGGUCAGAGCGGCUUUAUUAAAAGCCUGUUGUUCUACUACUGUCCAAAUUAGGGGUUGAUUCCCUCCUGUGCAGGCAUAUAGUGGCUUGGCUAUUUCAGCAGAACCUAAAAUCCGUAGCCUACAGUUCCCUACCAUCCCAAGGAACUCCCGAACUUAGCAUUUUGUGGUAGGGGUGGGUCUCUGCAGUACUGCUUGGACUCGGCUGGGCGCCAGUGCCCGGUUGCCCUUUUCUAUGAUGUAGCCCAGAUUUAUGGUCUGCAUUAUGUCUGGAACCAGAAGUAAGCUUGCUCUUUUCCUCUGUGGCUGUUACGUGGUUGCCCUGGGAGCCCACACCGGGGAGGAGUGCGUGGCCAGACAUCACGAGGCUGAAUCUUACGUGGCUGCCGUGUACGAGCAUCCAUCCAUCUUGAGUCCGAACCCUCUGGCUCUCACCAGCCGCCAGCAGGCCUUAGAGCUCAUGAACCAGAACCUUGACAUCUAUGAACAGCAAGUGAUGACUGCAGCCCAAAAGGGUGUACAGAUUAUGGUGUUUCCAGAAGAUGGCAUUCAUGGAUUCAACUUCACAAGAACAUCCAUUUAUCCAUUUUUGGAUUUCAUGCCGUCUCCCCAGGUGGUCAGGUGGAACCCAUGCCUGGAGCCUCACCGUUUCAAUGACACGGAGGUGCUCCAGCGCCUGAGUUGUAUGGCCAUCAAGGGAGAUAUGUUCUUGGUGGCCAAUCUUGGGACAAAGCAGCCUUGUCAUAUCAACGACCCAGGGUGCCCAGAUGAUGGGAGAUACCAGUUCAACACAGAUGUCGUGUUCAGCAGUAAUGGAACCCUGGUUGACCGCUACCGCAAACACAACCUCUACUUUGAGGCAGCGUUUGAUGUUCCUCUUCAAGUGGAUCACACCACCUUUGAUACCCCCUUUGCUGGCAGGUUUGGUGUCUUCACAUGCUUUGAUAUAUUGUUCUUCAGCCCUGCUGUCAGACUCCUUAGAGACUAUGAGGUGAAGCACGUUGUGUACCCGACUGCCUGGAUGAACCAGCUCCCACUCUUGGCAGCUAUUGAGAUUCAGAAAGCCUUUGCUGUUGCCUUUGGUGUCAAUGUUCUGGCAGCUAACGUCCACCACCCAGUUCUGGGGAUGACAGGGAGUGGCAUACACACCCCUCUGAAGUCCUUUUGGUACCAUGACAUGGAAAACCCCAACGGUCGCCUUAUAAUUGCCCAGGUGGCCAAAAAUCCAGUGGGUCUCAUUGAUGCAGAGAAUGCAACAGGUGAAAUGGACCCAUCCCAUAGUAAGUUUUUGAAAAUCUUGUCAGGCGAUCCGUACUGUGAGAAGGAUGCUCAGGAAGUCCAUUGUGAUGAAGCCACCAAGUGGAACAGGAAUGCUCUUCCCAUAUUUCACUCUGAGAUGAUGUAUGACAAUUUCACCCUGGUCCCCGUCUGGGGAAAGGAAGGCUAUCUCCAUGUCUGUUCAAAUGGCCUCUGCUGUUAUUUACUUUAUGAGAGGCCUACCGUAUCCGAAGAGCUGUAUGCCCUGGGGGUCUUUGAUGGGCUUCACACAGUACAUGGCACUUACUACAUCCAAGUGUGUGCCCUGGUCAGGUGUGGGGGUCUUGGCUUCGACACCUGUGGACAGGAAAUCACAGAGGCCACAGGGAUCUUUGAGUUUCACCUGUGGGGGAACUUCAGUACUUCCUAUAUCUUCCCUUUGUUUCUGACCUCAGGGAUGACUCUGGAUGUCCCUGACCAGCUUGGCUGGGAGAAUGACCACUAUUUCCUGAGGAAGAGUGGGCUGUCUUCCGGCCUGGUGACGGCGGCUCUCUAUGGGCGCUUGUAUGAGAGGGACUAGGAAAAGGACAUGGUCUGUGGGGUGGACUCCGGCCAUCAUGUCGACAGGCUUCCACAGGCCACAAGCCCUGGGACCACCUCUCUGCCUGCAGGGCAGGAGCCCAUUUUUGUGGCACCAGAUUCCGCCCUGGGAAUUGUGGGAGCAAGUAGGAGAGGCAGAUUCCCUCAGUGUCUUCCUCUUAAACCUCAAUUAUUGAGACAUUAGCUGAUAUUUUCUAUUCACAUUUGUCUUUUUCAAGCCGCAUCUUCCUCUAACAAAUCUCAGUAUGCAACUGGUCUCAAGCUAAAACAAAAAUAAAUGUCAGUUUAUAUUUUACACAUCCACAAA